CCGCCGCCGCGCACAGCAUGGCCGGCUUCGCCGACCUGAACCUCCCGCAGGGGCCGGACAAGAAGUCCCUGCAGAGCUUGGUGGAGGCCGCGGCGCACCUGGGAUACUCUGCAGUUGCUCUUAAUCAUGUCAUCGAUUUUAAAGAGAAGAAACAGGAAAUCAUCAAGCCAGUAUCUCCUUCAGAGUUGUUUCCAUCUCUGCCUAUUGUACAAGGGACAUCUAAAAGAAUUAAAGUCUUAACCCGGCUAACACUUGUUGUUUCUGAUCCUUCCCACUGUAAUCUCUUGAGAUCAACGUCUGCAAAUAUAAGGUUAUAUGACAUCAUAGCUGUAUUUCCAAAGACUGAGAAACUGUUUCAUAUCGCUUGCACAACUCUAGAUGUGGAUCUAGUAUGCAUAAAUGUAACAGAAAAGCUGCCAUUCUACUUCCGAAGGCCCCCUGUGAAUAUGGCAAUAGAUCGAGGCAUUUACUUUGAACUUCUUUACACGCCUGCCAUCAAAGACUCCACAAUGAGAAGAUACACAAUUUCAAAUGCGAUCAGCCUGAUGCAGAUCUGCAAAGGAAAGAACAUUGUUAUAUCUAGUGCAGCCGAAAGGCCCCUAGAACUACGAGGUCCUUACGACGUGGCUAAUCUAGGUUUGCUGUUUGGCCUGUCAGAAAGCGAAGCCAAGGCAGCCGUGUCUACCAACUGCAGAGCCACCAUGCUUCAUGGAGAAACUCGGAAGAGUGCCUGUGGAGUAGUGUACACGGUGAAGAAGCCUCGCAAGGUUGAGGAAGAAGAAACAACACUGCCAGCCUGCAAAAAAGCUAAGACUCAAGCUUGAGGACUGAACCAAUUGUCAACAGGAACCUCCAUCCCAUCUUUACCCAGUGCUGAGUCUUCCCCCACCCCCCAGCCAGCCCAGUUCCUCCUUCUUACUACUUUAUUUAGUCUGGAGAAGAAUUAUUCUUCUGGUGUUCAAGUGAGGAAAGCUAGCUGUGGGAAUGAGACUGCUGAAUGGAGUUCACCACUUCUGAAAGGUCAUGCUGGGCUUCUGGCCAAGGUCAGGAGACUGUUUUUCCACCCUGUCUUAGGUCUUCUGGAGUUAGUGCAAACUCAACACAAUGUUUCAACACAUAUGGAAAUUUUCAGUUGUACAAGUGCAUUCCUUUUUUGUGAAAAAUGUUUCUAAGGACACAUGCUUUCAAAAUCUAGCUCUUACGGUUUCUCAAGUUGUAAACACAUCUCUGUACUAAACCCUUCAACCACAAGCCAGUAGAUGAAGUUUACCUUCAGUGGCCUGUGAAGAAUAAUAAUAGUGCAGUAAAAAAAAAAACCUGCUUCCCAUUCAGUGUCAUGAUCAAUGUCUAUAAAGGAGAUCCCACCAUCUGUCACUUGCUAGGAGAUAUCUCGGAUUUGUGUUACAGUAGACUGACUGACCUCACCUGCCAGACACGCGUCCCAAAGGCCACCCCUGGCCUGCAGCUCUUAAAACCAAACAGUAACAUGAGGUGGCUUCCACAGAUGGGAAGGAAGAGCCCAAGGUUACACUGAAUGUGUGCUCAGUGUGCUUGUGUUGCAGUCGCAGUGUAACAGCUGUCUCACCUUGGCCUGAGCGGUCUCCACGUCACAUCAUUUUUACUGCAUCAUUUCCUUCUUUAUGUCCUGGUCUGGCAGUGUCGUCUGUGAGUGUGUUCAUUUUGCUGCCUCCUGCCUUUCCAUUUUCCUUCCUGCUAAUGCCUCAGUAAACCUAAUCUGGCUGCCAAAAAAGCCAUCAUAACAGAUUUAUGAUCAGCAGAGCGUUUUUUAGAGCUCUUCCAAGUGUUGACUGAAGUUUUUCUUUUGAUUAAACAAAUAUAAAAAUUAUGUAAGCUACUGUACUCAAGAUACUCUUGAGCCAGCUUUACUGUGGAUAUUCCAGUUCUCUAUUUUCAACUAACAAGAAGUUGGGAAGUGGAAGUUAUAGCAUGUUAAAAUAUCGCAGAAAUCUUGCGGGGGUCAUCUCUGAGCUCUUAGUGACUGGACCAAACAGAAUGGAUGAAGGUCUCCGUAGACCAACAAUUCUAUGUUAUGCUGGUCUAAGUCACACAGCUUUUGCUUAAUUCAGUAAAUAAUGAAAUAUUUUUCCUUUCUGCUAUUUUUUUACUUGUUGACUUUGUGAUUUGAGUCUGCUUUAUUAUAGGUAUUGGGAUGUAAAAUAUAUGUUGUGUGCGUA